UGGGAGAGGGUGAGAGGCGGGAUUAGGCCGGGCAGCGGGUUAGGUUGGUCCCGGCCGCUGUGGCUGCUGUGUGGAGCGGAGUGCGGGCGGCGAUGUGACGGAAAGUUCUGCGCUCUCUUCUCUCUGUGGCGGAGACGGCACCGGAGGCGUCUGCGGGCGGCGGAGCUCGGCUCAGCGGCCACCAGGCGUCACCCCCCCAGUACCCACCCCAGCGGGCUCCCCCAUGCCAGCCAUGAUCGAGAAGGGGGCAGAGGUGUCGGGCAAGAGGAGGGGCAGGAACCACGGCGCCAGCAGCAAAACUUUGGCCCCCAACGGCAACGGCAGCAACUCCUGGGAGGACGGCAGCUCCAGCUCCUCCAGCGACGAUGAGCACGGUGGCGGCGGCAUGCGGGUCGGGCUGCAGUACCAGGCGGUGGUGCCAGAGUACGACCAGGAAGUGGCAAAGACCUGCCAGGAGCGGGAGAACCUUGGUAUGUUGGUGUGGUCACCUAAUCAGAACCUAUCGGAGGCCAAAUUGGAUGAAUACAUUUCUGUUGCGAAAGAGAAGCACGGCUACAACAUGGAGCAGGCUCUUGGCAUGCUCUUCUGGCACAAACACAACAUUGAGAAGUCAUUGGCCGAUUUACCCAACUUUACCCCCUUUCCUGAUGAAUGGACUGUGGAAGACAAGGUCCUGUUUGAGCAGGCUUUCAGCUUCCACGGGAAAACGUUUCAUAGGAUCCAGCAGAUGCUUCCUGAUAAAUCCAUUGCUAGCUUAGUAAAAUUUUACUAUUCUUGGAAAAAGACCAGAUCUAAGACCAGUGUGAUGGAUCGCCAUGCCCGCAAGCAGAAAAGGGAACGGGAAGGAAGUGGUGAUGAGACGGAUCAAACCAAUGGUAACAAUCCAGUGGAUAUGGAGGUUGAACAACCAAAAGAACCCAAGAAAGAGCAGGAAACGAAGAAUGACACUGUCCCUCAUGUAAAAAAAGAGAAGCACCCGUCCCAGGCCAAAAACAGGGCGAAGAGAAAACCCCCAAAGGGAAUGUUCCUUUCCCAGGAAGACGUGGCAGCCGUCUCUGCCAACUCCAAUGCUGCUAGCACUCUGCUGAGACAGCUGGACAUGGAGCUGGUGUCUGUAAAGAGACAGAUUCAGAAUGUCAAACAGACAAACAGUGCACUGAAGGAGAAGCUGCAGGGUGGGAUAGAGGAGUACAGGGUUCCCGAGGCUGCUCAGAAAUUUAAUGCUCGCUGGACAACAGAGGAGCAGCUUCUCGCUGUGCAAGCGAUCCGAAAAUAUGGCCGCGACUUUCAGGCGAUCUCUGACGUGAUUGGUAACAAGUCUGUGGUUCAAGUGAAAAACUUUUUUGUGAAUUAUCGCCGUCGCUUCAACAUAGACCAGGUCUUACAGGAGUGGGAAGCGGAACACGGGAAGCCUGAGGAAAAUGGAGAUUGCACUGAGAAGCCCAUAAAACUACCAGAUACUGCUAUUAAGAUGUCUGAUGAUGAGGAGGAGGAGGCCUCCCUUCUGGACGUCAGAUACGCCUCUGCCUCUUGAGACUAAGAACUGUUAAUGUUGACUACUUUCAUUUGGCCAGAAUUUCAGGUAUUCCAAGAACUCAGCCAGCCACCUGCAUCCUCUAUUGUGGACACGCAGCUACUUACCAAAAAGGCAAAUAACUUUCAGCACUUUGUGAUAUCUGCCUUAUUCAUGUCCAGAACCCCCCACACUGCUUCCACGCCUGCCCGCAAGCCAGGGCGCAGACUCGUCUGUCCCACCAGUGGAGCAAGGUGACCUUCCUCCUGUAAAUAUACACAUCCAUCCCCGGCUCCAGGAUGUCUCCGCUGCCUGCUGACAACCGUCGCUUUACGCAUGGACUCGUGUUGUAAAAUUACUUUAGCAUUAAUACUCCAAUUCUCUGCUCGGUCCUGUUCCCACUAUCCUUAUUUAUUUAGGACGCCUCAGUCUAGAACAUACAGCAGACCCGCAGAUCGGCUGCAGUGUUUUCAUUCGCACAUCAAUGCGCUGUUCUUGUGGAUUUAUCCUCUGUAAUAUUUCUGACCUUCCGGGUUUCAUUGUCUCACCCCAGCCUUGUAACUGGCGGUUUCUAUACGGUGUGGUUAUAUUGCCCACAGAAAGCAAAUCCACUCCCGCUCCAUCUCUGUAAUUCCCCGGAGAGUAGGGAAUCUGCUCAUUUUAUAUCUUUUUUUUAUUUUUUUUAUUUUAUAGAUUUUCUUUUAGAUUAUGCACCGAGAUUUUCUUCAUAAUCUGAAAAUGUUCUAGUAGAGUGAAGUAAUGUCAUCACGUUCUCCCCAUUAGCGAAUGUGUAGUCGGACUGUUCCCGUGUACUUCAUAGUUUAUGCCCACAGAAAACAUUUUACUUUGUAAACAGAACUACGCUAUAGAAGGUUUUUGUUUUGUUUUUUUACAAAGCUGUUUGUACCAAUUUAUUCAUCUUCAGAAUCCUAAAUAGUACUCGGCGAUGAGUAUAAUUUAUUUGUGCUGCAAUCGUGUAUAGAAUAAGAUGUCUUUAUUUGCAUGUAUGUUUGUCCUACGUGCCUUCUCAUCUUACAGCUGGCUAGAGAUAGGUUGAUAUUUAAUUUUUCUAUUUGGAUUCCGUGUGUUCCCAUGGGAUAUUUUUUUCUUUUUGUUCUUUUUCCUUUCUGGUUCCGAAAUGAUAUACUUGCAUUUUUCUGUCAUUUAUUUUUUUUAAGGACUUUUAGGAAGUUCACUGUACACAUUGAAUAUUGUAAACUUUCUACAAAGUUGUCUGAGAUUGUCUGUCUGUGUUUGGAGGUUUUCAGUCGACUCAAAGAUUUUUUUUUUAUUUUUGAUUUUUUUAUUAAUUUAACGUUUUUAAAUUUUUGUGGUUAUUGGGGUUUUUCAUAAGUUUGGAAUCCUAAUUUUUAGAGUGCCUAAUACAGUUGUUACCAUCUGGUACAGAAUGGUCUGCUGCUGCGAUGUCUAGAUACAGGACUCCACACGUCUGGAUUAUCUGGCCCUCUCUUAGGCAUCAUCUGUGUGACUGCUUUCAUUGCAUGGUCCCUCCUGAGCUUCAAGUAUCGCCGCACAGUUGCACAGGUUUUUAUAUGGAAGAUUAUUGCUGUGAGACCAUUUCUGUCUGUCGUUGUAUAGGUUCCCUCCCUCCCUGUGUCAUACCAGCUGCGGCUAGGGGAUCCAGUCUGUAGGUCAACAAGACUUACGUCGACCACUAUUGGCUGACAGUAAGUGUCGACAUGGUUUCUAGGUCGACAGGGAGUCUAGGUCGACAUGAGUUUUUCACCUUUUUUUUAACUUUUUUAUACUUUACGAUCCACGUGGACUACAAUUGGGAAUGGUAACCUGUGCCGAGCGCAGCGGUAACUGAGUGAAGCACCUUGCCCGAAGCAUGGCGUGCGGACACGGUGCACUAAUUGGGGUUCCCAGUCAUACUACGAAGAAAACGACACCAAUAUUUUUUUUAUUUAUUUUUUUACUUUUUUUUUAACUCAUGUCUGCCUUUUUUUCAUGUCGACCUAGUGUCCCUGUCGACCUAGAACCCAUGUCCACCUACUUACUGUCGACCCAGACACUGUCGACCUAAGUCUAGUCUAUCUAUCAUACCACAACCGCGGCUAGUAGCUCACACUACUCCGUACAGGUACACGAGUCCUGGUUUAUUUAUUUUUUUAACUUUGUUUGCAGAAUGUUGAGGCCUUUUUGUGGUGAGUGACAUUUACGGACUGCUUGGGUGCCACUUGGCAGAACACAGGUUCCGUUUUCUAGACCAAUGUCUCUGGGGUCUUAAUGGAAGGUAGUAAUUUAGUAACGUAGUUGAAUCUGCAGCAUGCCUGCAUGUCAUAUUACUAUCUAGUACAAUCUGUAUGCGCGCAGUGCCCGGCCUGAGAGAGUGGCUGUAUUUCCAGCUUUCCUGUCUAUCUGCCUAGUAGUCCAGUGUAGAACGUUGUGUUUAUGGGGAUUGCCGUGUCCGAGGGCCGUUCCCUGUUCAUCAUUGUGUUUGUGUUGGUUAUCCUUUUCCUUUUAUAGUACCAGAGAGGGGUGGAAAAAGGAAGAAUGGCUGAUGGUCUGUGAAGGAGUCCACAGACUGGCUCCCUGAAUUUGUAUUUAUGUAAAUUCCCAUUUAUAGCUUAUUAAGAAUUUUAGCAAAUUAACUUUGUAAUGAGGGUCCAUGAAAUUUUUGCCUAAUAUAUUAACCUCUUCUUUUUUUCUUUUGUUAACUAUUGUGCAAAAUUAUCAAUGUGAAUGUUUCAAAUUAUAUAUUUUGGUGAAAGCCGGUGCGUUUUUCUCAGAAAUAUAAUAAGUUAUUGUGCAAAAUCUAUAAUUUAUAGCAAAGACAACAGUUUUAGUAAUAGAUUUUUUAUUU